GCAGCGGCGGCAGAGCCAGGAGGAGGAGGAGGAAGAGGCGGCGACCUCUGCUUCGAUCCAUGAUGGCGGCGGCUGAAGUAGAAGAGGCCUCCUGAGCUCUACUUCGCGCAGAAGUUCCGACCAUGCACAGUUUGGCAACGGCCGCGCCUGUGCCAACGGCACUGGCUCAGGUUGAUCGAGAGAAGAUUUAUCAGUGGAUCAAUGAGCUUUCCAGCCCAGAGACUCGUGAGAAUGCACUGUUGGAGCUGAGUAAAAAGCGAGAGUCUGUCCCUGAUCUCGCACCAAUGUUGUGGCACUCUUUUGGUACAAUUGCAGCUCUCUUACAGGAAAUUGUAAAUAUCUAUCCAUCUAUAAAUCCACCAACUUUGACAGCUCAUCAGUCCAACAGAGUCUGCAAUGCUCUGGCACUUCUGCAGUGUGUUGCAUCGCAUCCAGAAACAAGAUCAGCCUUCCUUGCUGCUCACAUCCCUCUCUUCUUGUAUCCCUUCUUGCACACUGUCAGCAAGACUCGACCCUUCGAGUACCUACGACUCACAAGUCUUGGAGUAAUUGGGGCCCUGGUGAAGACAGAUGAGCAAGAAGUAAUCAACUUCUUACUGACAACGGAAAUUAUCCCUUUGUGCUUACGCAUCAUGGAGUCUGGCAGCGAACUUUCCAAAACGGUUGCUACUUUUAUUCUACAAAAGAUUUUAUUGGAUGAUACGGGGUUGGCUUAUAUCUGUCAGACUUACGAACGAUUUUCUCACGUUGCAAUGAUAUUGGGUAAAAUGGUCCUGCAGCUUUCCAAGGAGCCUUCUGCCAGGCUGCUGAAACAUGUGGUCCGUUGUUACCUCCGCCUUUCUGAUAAUCCAAGAUGUAGGGCACGGGAAGCCCUCAGGCAGUGCCUUCCUGACCAGCUGAAAGACACCACCUUUGCCCAGGUUCUGAAAGACGAUACUACCACCAAGCGUUGGCUGGCACAGCUGGUCAAGAAUCUGCAGGAAGGCCAAGUCACCGACCCCAGGGGCAUCCCCCUUCCUCCGCAGUGACAGCCAAGGAGGUGGCAGAACCCAGGAGGAAACAGCUCAGGUUUACAGAGAGCCAGGAACCAAUGACCUCUUCCAGAUCCCGUCAGGCAUGGUUGGGCAGCUCCUUGGACUGUCAGUAGCUACCUGGACUGCAGGCCCUUUCUAUAGCAACGUUCACCAUGCCUCUGAGGAUUAUGACACCAGCAAACACAGUUGGGACAGAGAAGCCCUCUUUUAGGGUGUGGGCUUUGUUGCGAUGAUCAGUUGAGUACCAAGCUGGGCAGUGCUGCUACCAAUGGCGUAUCUACCUUUCUGGUUCAGUGCGGCAGGCUUGGGAAGUAUUCCUCAGUUUCUUUGUUAUUCAGUGUUUACAUGUAAGUUCAAUAAAGGUUGGUCUGAUCAUUUGACCCUCUUAGGCGUACCUUUUGAGCUGAAUCUAGCUCUAAGCAGAGGAGGCCUGUUUCCCUUUUCCCAACUGGGAAUUGCGCUUUCAUAAGAUGAGCCCCACUGAUCCUUUAAAAAAAAAAGUUCAGCCUUUGGGACUGAAGCCCAAUCUCGGGGGGAUUGGGAGAGGGGUGAUAACAUAGUAUAUCCACAGGUUCUUAAAGGAUUUUUCCUGGUAUGUCAGAAGGCAGAGACUUCCUGGACUCCAUUCCUUUGGCCACACAUUAGAACAGUCCCUGCCUCUGUGACUGUAUUUGAACCAGUGUCAAAUGUUCUAUGGAUGAUCCUCCACCACCUAGUCAGUAAGAUCCAGAAUGCCACCAAAACAUUCCUUCAGCUUUCAAACUGUGCCAGAGGAGAAAGUUGUUGCAUGGAUGCCAUGGCCGGCAAGCCAUGUGGCCUUCCACUUUGUAGCAGCCCAUGCCUCUGGUUAGGGUAGGGUUAACUCUAAGUGUGAACAAAACAGACAGGGACCAAGAGCUAUUUCAGACAGUCUGUAAAGGCUGCAGGUAUUUCAGCCUUGCUGGCUAGUGCUGGAAAGCAUAAUGGCUGCAAAACGUAAGGGCUCUCAUGCUCUUUAUCUUAUCCUUCCCCUGCUACCAGGCUAAGUGCAUCCAAUUUAUCACCUUGAACCUGCUCCUGUUUGUUGGCGUCUGCGAUGGAUGAGGAGCUAUUAAGCAGUCAGCAGAGACAUCUUCUCCCCUGCCCUCUAAAUGAGAGAAGCAAACAAAAAGAAGGGGAGGGAGGGGGAAAUCAUCCAAGCUGUUUUGUCAGUUGCACAACAAGGCUGGGAGCAGGUGGCUUCUGGUCCCUUGCCAGAUCCCUUGGCCUCAGCACCUGCUGCUGUUUUGGGUAGGAACCUAUCUUCCAUUUCCUCUCUUUUCUUUGCUGAUGGCUGGCCAUGCCAUGCCAAGGGUGUCUUAACUCUUCCCUCUCCAUGGACUGCUUUUGCUCUUACAGCGGCUCCGUUUUAUAACAGCCUUGUUUUAUCCAUCCCUGCCUUGAGUGGACUUUACCAACUGCUUUCUGUUUUGUAACUUGAAUAAAAAAUAAGCCAAAUGAA